UGAAGCCAAACGGGGGGCAAUCACAGGACCAAACAGACGCACCCAGAAAGUCCCCAAAAUCCUGAGCGACCCACACCUCUCUCUCUCUCUCUCUCUCUCUCAUCAUCAUCAUCAUCAUCAUCAUCAAAAAUCAAUUUCUUCGAUUUCGAUUUCAUUUCGUCUGGUUCUCCAAAAGAUCAGUCAUCAGAAGAAGGAGAAGGAGAAGGAGGGAAGAAGAAGGAAAGAAACGAUGUCGUUUACCCUGAGGAGCGUGAAGGUAGCGCCGAACUCGGCGAGUCUGGAGGAGGCUCGGACCCGGGUGUUCGACUUCUUCCGGUCGGCUUGCAGAUCCAUCCCGACCGUCAUUGACAUCUACAACCUCGACGACGUCGUCUCCCCCUCCCAGCUCCGCUCCUCCAUCGCCUCCCAAAUCCGCAAGAACUCCCACAUCACCAACCCCAAGGUGAUUGACAUGCUGCUGUUCAAGGGGAUAGAAGAGCUGAACAACGUUGCCGAACAUGCAAAGCAGAGGCAUCAUAUCAUCGGUCAAUAUGUAGUUGGUAGCGGGGGCCUUGUGCAGGAUUUGGGAAGCAAGGAUCAGGCCAACUCCAAUUUCCUCAAAAACUUCUACGAAGGCAACUACUUCUAGGCAUUUUUUUGAUAUAAGAACUUUUGAACCUUAUUUUGCUGUGCUUGGGACCUGCCUCGGAUGGGGUUGUGGUUUCGGCUGUAGAAUUCGAAAAUAAUGUUGCACUUUCUGAAUCUUGUUAGAUGGAGACAUUCAUGUUCUUUAUUUCAGAUUUCAAAACGCUCCUCAGUCUGAAUAACCUUUUGAUGAUGCUCAA